CGUGUGUUUUGGCCACGCCUCCUCAUCAGCUGACAGCGCGCGUGACACACCGUACUCUACAGACUUCCUAGCGAACACAAGCGAGCGGAGCAUCAGGGUUAAAGUAUGUGAAUUAACGGGUGUUCUUAAGUGUCGGGGUGGGAUUUCGGGAGAAAUGCCGUCCAAUAAGAGUGUCUCAGAUGCCCCGAUCACACAGUUUGUGAACUGCAGGAUACUGAAGGAUCACAAGCUGCAAAGGGAAGACCUGUGGGUUCGUGAGGGCAAGAUUUUGAACCCGGAGAAGCUGUUCUUCGAUGAGCAGGGUUUUGCAGAUCACAAAGUUGACUGCGAGAAUAAAAUCAUUGCACCUGGAUUCAUAGAUGUACAGAUAAAUGGUGGAUAUGGCAUCGACUUCUCUCAGGCCAGCAGUGACAUCAGAGGAGGCGUGGCUCUGGUGGCCAAAAAGAUUCUAGAACAUGGUGUCACUUCCUUCUGCCCGACCCUCGUCACGUCUCCACCACACAUAUACCAUAAGGUCAUUCCUGAGCUCAAAGUUCAGGAUGGAGGACCUGAAGGGGCAGGGGUUUUAGGUAUUCAUCUGGAGGGGCCAUUCAUCAGUGAAGAGAAGAGAGGCGCUCACCCUCCGAAGUUCCUCCGCACUUUUAAAGGAGGUGGUGUGGCCGACCUGAUGGAGACUUAUGGGCGCCUGGACAAUGUUGCCAUGGUAACCCUUGCACCAGAACUGGCCAAUAGCGCCGCAGCAAUCCAUGAACUGUCAGGAAGAGGCAUAGCAGUGUCACUUGGUCACUCUAUGGCUGAUCUCUCUCAGGCUGAAGAGGCUGUACAGAAUGGAGCCACGUUCAUUACACACUUAUUUAAUGCCAUGCUGCCUUUUCAUCAUCGAGACCCGGGCAUUGUGGGAUUGCUGACGAGUGAUCGUGUUCCACCAGGUCAGACGGUUUACUACGGUAUGAUCGCAGACGGGAUACACACACACCCUGCAGCGCUGCGCAUCGCACACAGAGCUCAUCCCGCAGGGUUGGUGUUGGUCACUGACGCUGUGACGGCGAUGGGUCUUCCUCCUGGUCAACACACUCUCGGACAGCAGCAGAUAGACAUCCAGGGGCUUCACGCUUAUGUCGCAGGCACUACAACUUUGAGUGGCAGCAUUGCGACCAUGGACAUGUGUGUGAGACACUUCAGAGAGGUGUCAGGUUGUACAGUAGAAGCUGCAUUAGAAGCGGCAUCGCUGCAUCCUGCUCAGCUGCUGGGUAUCAGUCACAGGAAGGGAACGCUGGAGUACGGCACUGAUGCAGAUUUUGUAGUGCUUGAUGACACACUGACAGUCAGGGAAACCUACAUCGCCGGACAGCAGGUCUGGAGGAAGUGACAUCGUCUGGAGGACUGUCUUCUGCUGGGAUCGUUAGAGUUUUUUUGGUUAGAAUUUCUUUCUCUCUUUGGACUCGGAUCGCCAAAAAGAUGUAUUACUGCAAAAACAUAUGUGUUAUUCUCAUUAAAUUGAAUUCUGUUGAUUAAUUCCUGAAUGUAAAAAAAUACUCCAUAUAUACAUUUAAAAAGAGCCAGAAUCAUUUUUAUCACAAACUGUGUGUAUGGAUUUCUAACACAAAUAUAACUUGUUCAAAUGUGAAAGACAAAAGUAAAAAAAUCUCAAGGGUCCAGUUAUUUCAGUAAUAACCUACAUAAUUCAAUGCUCCCAAUCUAAUGUGAAACUGGACAGUUUAACCAACUGAUUUCAAUAAUGUUUCUAUUCUAUUCUUUUUAUUUGUUAACAUUUUUAAGGUUUUAUCAUUUUUUCAGUAUAAUAAAAAUGUUCCUUUAUUGAUAAAAAUGUAUUAUUGUGAGUCAGAAUGAGGAAGACGCACAUAUAAUGGAUGUAUUAAAGAUAUCCAGCUUACCUGAAUUGAUUAUCUGUUUAGGUCAAUGCAUCUUUAAAACUCAACAUUCAAAAACCCAAGAAUAAAACCAAACAAAGCAUUCAA